AUGCACUUGUGGCACCUCCUGAAGAAAUCCCCCUACCCAGACAAACUCUACAAGACGUGUUCAGUAGUGGGAAACAGCGGGGUGCUGAGGGAGAGUAACUGUGCUGACCACAUAGACAGCGCAGACUAUGUCUUCAGAUGUAACAUGCCGCCUCUGACGGACAAGAGGCAUCUCGCCCACGUCGGCACCAAGUCCAACUUCACCACAGUGCCAAUGUCCAUGCUUAGAAAGUUCGGGAAAAUCAAGGAUUCUCAGGAGGUGAAGGACGGGUGGUACAAUCAGACCCUACAGUACAAAGGCAUGGUCAUCAUCAAGAAACCUAAAGACGCCACGCUGGUGAUGCAGGCUGAGCUGAUGAAGCGGCGGACGGACCUGCGCGUGGCGUACGAGAAUCCCGCACACUUUAUCGGCGUGCAGCGGUACUGGGCACAGCGGGGCCUUCCCAGGAAAAUUACCUCAGGUUUUUACGUGAUCACGGUGGCGCUAAUGCUGUGUGAGCAGGUGAACGUGUACGGAUUCUGGCCGUUCCCGUUUAACGAUUCAGGCGGGAAAGUGCGAUACCACUACUACUCCGCGCCCAUCUUCUUUGCCCCGGAAACGCACGACAUGGCCGUGGAGUACAUGAAAGUGAGAGAACUGCACCAGAAGGGCGUCAUCAAGAUACAUCUCGGGAAGUGUCAGGAGAAGAAACCGAAAAGAAAAUUGUGA